AUGGCAAGCGUUGUCGCUGCAUCCCUGGAUGCCAUACAGUCAAAACCACCGGUUUCUACACUUGUCGAUCUCCCGCCACCUGAACGACCUGACAGCGUUUGCGAUGCCAGUAGCGUGGAGUUCGACAUUUUCCGCUAUACACCUGUUCCUACCCUCAUCCUCAAUGCUUCGCGAGUAGUCGUUCAGGUAUCGGACAGCUUUGUUAUGACCUCACCGGGAGGCAGACGCGAAAAUCUCGUGGGACGGAUUGCAGACGACGUUCUUGGGCGAACAUCGGAAUUUCCAGCACUCGCUUCGGCCUGUGAAACCAUUCGGAUCGUCGAACAAACCGGCGCGCCAAUUCAGCUCGACCAUAUAACUGAUUCGCAACAAGUCUGGAGGACUCGCACAGUUCCCAUCUACCGCAAUGACAGCCUUUGUUGUACCCAGAUGGAGUUCCAAGACGUCACAGAAGAGCACUUGAAAAGGCUGGAGCUGGAGGAGCGUAUGUACACUAAUGAGACUUUUCGUAUCCUUGUCGAAACUGUCAAAGAUUACGCCAUCUUCAUGCUCGACCCAAAUGGAAACGUCGCAACUUGGAAUGCAGGGGCGCAAGCCUUCAAAGGAUACACAAGAUCAGAGAUUGUUGGCCAACACUUCUCUAAAUUCUACGGCGAGGACGACCUCGCGGCUGGCAAGCCAGCAAGGGAGCUUCGGGAUGCCCUCCGCGAUGGACGUUGCGAAGAUGAAGGCUGGCGUUACCGGAAGGAUGGCUCCAGAUUUUGGGCCAACGUUGUCAUCACACCCCUCUUUAAGGAAGGCACCCUCCUUGGUUUUUCAAAGGUCACCCGUGAUUUGACAGAUCGGCGGAAGGCAGAGCAACAAUUAAUUGGUGCCUACGAGGAAGCAUCGAAGCUGAAAUCAGAGUUUCUGGCCAACAUGUCACACGAGAUCAGGACACCCAUGCAUGGCUUACUCUCAGCUUCGACAAUGCUGCUUGACACGAAGCUUGACUUUGAUCAAUUGGAUCUUGCGCGCAUCAUUCAAGAGUCUGGUGAGGUACUGCUCCAGGUGAUCAACGAUAUCCUCGACUACAGUAAACUGGCCAACGGCAGCUUCUCAAUAAGUCAUGACAUAAUCAACAUUGCGGAUAUCGUACAUUCUGUUCAUCGUGCGCAACAGAAGCUGUUCAAUUCCGAAGUAAAGUUUGAAAGCUACCUCGACCCUCGGGUACCUAAAGCAGGAGGAGGAGACAGUCUUCGAUAUCGUCAAAUAAUUCAAAACCUGGUCUCCAACGCUGCAAAGUUUACAGAGGAAGGAUCUGUACGAAUCAACACGACCCUCGAAAGCGACGAUGAAGAAUCCUCCUUGAUCCGUACAGAAGUCGUAGACACAGGCAUCGGGGUGCCAGAGGCAUCCGCGACCAAUCUCUUUACCCCAUUCACGCAGUUCGAUAAUUCCGCCACCAAGAGAUAUAAAGGCACUGGCCUAGGCUUGAGUAUUUGCAAAAGCCUAUCCGAGCUCAUGGGUGGUCAUAUUGGCUAUCACUCGAACCCUGCGGGCCAUGGCAGUGUUUUUUGGUUUACAAUGAAGCUCAAAAAGUGUAAACAGUUUGGAAUAUCGGAAACUUCUAGGGCUGGAUUACACACUUUACAAAUUCCCUCGCCAGCAAUCGUAGACCACAUGGAAGAAAUAAAACGCGUAGCUGUCGACAAACGCCUCUUGCUAGCGGAGGACAACUUCAUCAACCGGAAAGUCAUGUUGCGAAUGCUGGCGGGUCUUGGAUUUCCCAACAUAGACGUUGCUGUUGACGGUAAGGAGGCUGUCGCCAAAACGAUACAGUCAGCAGAUGAGAAGCAUGCCUCAGUACCCUACGAUCUCAUCUUGAUGGACGUCAACAUGCCAGUUCAGGAUGGCGUCUCAGCCACACAAGAGUUGAGAGAUAAGGGAUUCCGUAUGCCCAUCGUUGCAAUGACUGCAAACGCGUUGAAGGGUCAAGCGGAAUCAUAUAUUGCUAAAGGCAUGACUGGAUAUAUCGCGAAACCUGUGGAUAGAAUGCUUCUGGUCAAGCUUCUUCUGAGUUGCUUCAAAGAGCAAUCCGAUGGCUGA